AUCAAAGGAGUCUAAAGUAGAAAGAUCUCUUCGAUCGUUAGUUUUGUCUGGCGAACGUGUUUCUCACAGUGACUUUUUCGUUAUAUCAUGGUAUUCUAGUAGUCAUUCAACUUCCUUACUCGAUUUUUGUAUUCGGUGAUCAUAUUACCCCCAACUAGUUUUACCUUGUGACAUAUGCAGUUUCUUUUUCAUUUUGGACAAGGCGAAGGUGGUCAAGCGUACAAAGUGGAACGUGAAGAGCUUCCACCAGGUGAACGUGAAAAAUUCGAUCAAGGAUGGAAGGUUAAUGCUUUCAAUCAAUAUGCUAGUGAUCGUAUCAGUGUUAGACGAUAUUUACCAGACUAUCGAGAGGGAAAGUGUAAAGUCGAUACAUACUCACCAAAUCUACCGUCUACAUCUGUGAUAAUCUGUUUUCACAAUGAAGCUUGGUCAGCUUUAUUGCGUUCUGUACAUUCAGUGAUCGAUCGAUCUCCAGCAAUUUAUUACGUGAAGUUAUACUGGUUGAUGAUUUUUCUGAUCUACCUCAUUUGAAAGAAGCACUGGAGGAAUAUAUGGAUAUGCUGAAAGUUGUUAAAAUUGUUCGUACCAAACAACGUGAAGGUUUGAUUAGAGCUCGAAUGCUUGGCGCGGAGCAUAGUACUGGUGAUGUGCUUGUAUUUCUGGACUCUCAUAUUGAAUGUACUACAGGUUGGCUUGAACCACUUUUAGAGCGUAUUGCUUUUAAUUCGUCAAUUGUUGUUGUUCCAGUGAUAUCAACAAUAAAUGAUAAGGAUUUACACCUUAGUAUACUUAAGCAUCAAGAUGUUCAAGUUGGCGGUUUUGAUUGGGGUUUAACAUUUCGUUGGCAUGAACAGACUCACCGUGACAAAAAUAGACCUGGUGCACCAUAUUCACCUGUCAGGACACCUACUAUGGCUGGUGGUUUGUUCGCGAUUAGUCGAGAUUACUUUAAUCACCUCGGAAAAUAUGAUCCUGGUAUGGAAGUAUGGGGAGGUGAAAAUUUAGAGUUGUCAUUCAAGAUUUGGAUGUGUGGUGGGAUUUUGGAAACUAGUGUCUGCAGUUAUGUCGGGCACAUAUUCCGUGGUCGUUCACCAUACAAAUGGGAUGUUAAAGUGAAAGAUCCUUUGAAGAGGAAUUUACACCGAUUGGCUGAAGUUUGGCUUGAUGAUUAUAAACGAUUUUAUUAUGCACGUAUUGGUUUUAAAACUGUCGAUUAUGGUGAUGUUUCAGAACGUAAGGCCUUACGUGAAAAUCUGAAAUGUCAUUCAUUCGAAUGGUAUUUAACUAAUAUAUAUCCAGAAUUAUUUGUACCUUCAAAAGCCUUAGCGUCUGGUGAUAUUGAAAAUGUUGCCGCUCCUCAGUGCUUAGAUGCACCAGUAUCGAAUGAGAAAGAUCGUAAAACAGUGAUGAUUCAAACAUGGCCAUGUCAUAAACAGGGUGGUAAUCAAUUUUGGUUAUUAUCACCUGAAAAUGAGAUUAGACGAGAUGAUUAUUGUUGGGACUCGGGUGUACAGGAAGGAAGCAUUGGUUUGCUUCAUUGUCAUGGUUCACACGGGAAUCAGAUGUUCACUUAUGAAAAUGACAACACUAUUCGUCAUCAAGGCCAGUGUUUAGAAAUGAGACCUAAAUCUGCUUCAGUAAGACUUGCUAGAUGUACCGGUUCAGUAAAUCAACUAUGGAAAUUCAAUCGAAAGCCAUAUCUGCCAUCUAAAGAGAAUAAUGAACAAUUUUAAUUCAACUGACAAUGGAAUCCUCCUGACGUCCAUCAAGUUUUCGCGUAUAAGUAGAUAUGUAUACUUGUGUAUUUAUGAUAUACAUGUCUUUCGUCGUCUCCUGUCUAUCAAGGAAAUAUUUUCUUUCCAGAACAAGUGAACAAAUGAUUCUCUGCUGUUGUUAUUCUUCUUCUUUUAUACUCCUUGUAUACUCCUUUAUAUGUGCAUAUAUACAUAUAUAUAUCUAUGCUCCACAUGUGUGUACAUACACUGAAACGACAUAUCAGCCUUACUUACCUACUUACUUACUUACUGACAUGCCUUCGUUUUCCCUUCUGAUCUGUGAUAAGAUUUUUAUUAUUAGAAGCAUAUAUAUAUAUACAUAUAUCUAAGUGUGAGCGUUGAAGACACAUGGACAAUGAGUAAGAGGUGAUUUUGUCCUGCCUAAUAUAUAUACCCUUUGUAUAUACAUACACAUAUAUCGUUGUACCUGAUUGAUAAGCCAGAAUAACCUUAUGGUGAAUAGUGUUCAAGUGUGUUUGUGCCUGUGUGCGUGUGUGUAUGCUUGGUGCGGGCAUCAGCUUCUUAUUACUUCUAUUAUUAUUAUUAUUAUUUUUAUGUGCCUUUCUCUCCUGGUGAUUUGGUUUGUAUUUUUUUUAUUUAGCGCAAUGCAUAUACAUCCAUACGCUUAGGGGGAAUGUAAACACAUUGCUCAAUCUUUUUGUAUUUCUCACCUCCUCUUUCUUUGUUUCUUUCUUUCUCUAUUUCUUAUGAAGGGAUUUAGCCUGUUUUCAGAUUUUGUUCCACUGGUUUUCCACGUGUGAGUUGACUUCCACUGCAAUCCUUUAUUUUGUUGUGCUACAUAAUAAUAAUAAUAAUGAUGUAGAUGUGAAUAUCCAUGGAAGUGAAUAUUUUGUCUACUUUGAGAAGCAUCUUACUUUCCUUCUUCUUCUUUUUCUUCUUUUCAUUUCAUGUCUUAUUAAAGCAAAGAAAACUUGAAGAUUUCAAGUGAAUUUCAAGGUUGACUAUGUGAUAUAGUGUUGAUUUCAGUUCGACCUCUUUAUUAUUUUUAUUAUAAUUAUUAUAAUUUCCAAGUCAUUAUUUUUCUUUUCUUAUGAAUAUGCAUAUAUAUCUGUGUGCCUUCCAAUUGCAAAUGCAAUUUGUUGCUUCAAUAACAACAAAAUAAAGAAAGUUUUUACAAGAUUAUCA